AUGUUCGACUUUGUGAUGGACGGGUAUGCAACAAUUUCUGCUUUUCUCAUCUUUGCUUCUCCAUCCGUUUGGAACACACUUGGACACCUUGAAUAUAACAGUGGUAAGAUCAGUGCUUUAUUUAAAGGGAACAAAGAGAAUGGGUAUAGACUAGUGAUGUUUAUUAUCAUUUUUAUGCAAAUCAUAAGAAAUGUAUUCUACUAUUUGGCUUGCAUCUACUCUGUCCCUAUGUUCCCGGCUAUAGACAAUUUCAUGAAUUCAGUACCUAUUGUGAUGGAUUGCCUUGCUUACCCACUUUUCAUUGCUGGAUGGGUAUUAUCCCUUUCAUCUUUUAUGAGACUUGGGUUCAAAGGUACAUAUGAAGGUGACUGCUUUGGAUUUUUGUUUGAUGAAAUGAUCACUAAAUUCCCGUUUGACGGAACUGUCCCACACCCUAUGUACACCGGUGGUGCUAUGCUCUUCUUCAGCUCUGCACUUCAUUAUCGCACGUCAACAGGUCUCAUUUUGUCCAUUUUCUCUGUGAUGGUAUAUGUCGUCUUUUCUUAUCUUGUAGAACAGCCGUAUACUGAACAGAUUUAUGCCAAUAAAGACAAAGCAGACAAAGCAAAAAGAAUGAGUUCAAAAAAGGAGGAGUGA